UCUCUCCUCCACAUUCCUCCUGCAGCUCGCUCAGCUGUCAUUAAAGGACUCCUCUCCCCCUGUGUGUGAGACCGUGAUCCACUCCACGCCGGGAGGUUGCUGUGGCGAUUGAACAGGUUUUAAUCUGAGGAUAAAGAGGCAGGAGGUCGCAAAGAUGGUCAGAGCUGGCGGUGUUUUAAAGUUUGCAGCGCUCAUCUUUGCAUUCCUCCUGGCUGUCUUUCUGGCUUUUCAACUCCUGGAAAUCAACAUGGAUUUUAAGCUGAGCAGUGUCAUCUCGAGAAGUAUGCCUGUGAAUGAAGGCUCGACAAAGCCCUUCAGGUAUAAAUGCGGCCUGUCCAAAGCAUGUCCAAUCGGUCACUUCGCCUUCAAGAUGGCGAGCGGAGCUGCCAGCGUGGUCGGGCCCAGAAUGUGUCUGGAGGACAAGCUGCUCAUGAGUGGAGUGAAGAACAACGUAGGCAGAGGGAUCAACAUCGCCCUGGUUAACGGGAGAACUGGAGACGUCAUCAAGACAGACUUCUAUGACAUGUGGGCUGGAGACGUGGCUCCGUUUAUUAAGUUCCUGAAGGAAAUAGAAGACGGGACGGUUGUCAUGAUGGCCUCAUUUGAUGAUCCUGCAACAAAACUCAAUGAUGAAGCCAGGAAGCUGGUUUCUGAUCUGGGCAGCACGGCGAUAACUAAUCUGGGCUUCAGGGAUAACUGGAUCUUUGUGGGAGGGAAAGGAAUCAAGACCAAGAGUCCGUUUGAGCAGCACAUAAAGAACAGCGCAGACACCAACAAGUUCGAGGGCUGGCCCGAGGUGUUGGAGAUGGAGGGCUGCGUGCCUCAGAGGCAGGACUGAUCGGAUCCUUCGUCUCACACAUUCAACCUGUCCUCCUGACAUUCCCGUCCUCAUGAGACUUUUAGUGCUUCUCCUUUUUACAGCUCUCCACCUCCAAGCCUUUUAUUCAGACUUCCAUCUCUCCAGAGGACGACACAGAAAGAGGAGCUGGCGUGAAAUUUACUGUGAAGCUGGGACUCUUCUUGCACGUCUCCUUCUGUUUGGAUUCAUGCUGCGUGUCUUCAGUGCUUUUUAAAUGAAUGAGUAGGUAGAGCGCACUGAUGAAAGGGACUCAUGUCUGAUUGUUUGCAUGCUGUCACUCUCUCUGUUCGACCCGCAGACUGUGACGGUGUCGCGUCGUUGCACUGUUACUGACUGAAGUGGAUGUCAAACAUCUCCAUCACCUCUCCCCUGCCUUAAUCUCAUUAACCCCUUCAUGUUCAUUGAGGCUCUGUGAUUCAGUUUCCUUCCUUUCAGAGUUUAUCUUGAGAAGAUUAUCAUUAGCAGUUUGAAUAUGCACAUUUUCAUGAUGUUAUAACCAAAAGUACCAAAUUCACUGUGAAAUUUGUAAAUACUUGUUUAGAGGAGGGUCCAAAUAAAAGAAUCGCCCUAAUUUAAUGAACAUAUUAAUAAUAUAAUUUCUUAAAAUAAAUACAGUUGUUAGUAAACAGUAUGUGUGUGUGCGUGUGUGGAUUAAAGAGUUUUGUUACAUCUAGA